CACACGUUUUCUGGUUUUGAUCUUCAAAAAGCCAGCUGUGAUUGAGAAGGGAAGAUGACCUCGACGUACAGCAGCCUUCAUGACAACUACGUUUCAAACAAAGGGAGGAGGACCAGCUGUGUGACGUUGGCUGUGGUUUUGGGCUGUUUGACUGUUCUGGGCAUUGUUCUUGCCAUUGUUGUGCUGGAGAGACCCCCAACAACAGAAGGUCAUGAAACUCAAGACUUUGAAGACAACUUCACUCAGUGCCAUAUGUCCCUAGUGGAGAGCAUUCCAGUGUAUUUAAAGUAUAAAGACAACGUAACAUUUGGGAUCCCACUGGAGCAAGUCUGGAACGAUCUGAUCUCUGCUGCAACAAAGCAAGUGGACGUGGUCUCGUUUUACUGGACACUAACAGGAGAGGACAUCAAUAUCAACACUUCCUCUGAUGUUUUAGGAAAAGAGAUCCUGAAGAGACUCGAGGAGCUGCCCAGCAGGAACGUAUCCGUCCGACUUGUGAGCAGCGUUCCUUCAGUCAGAACAAACUCCACUGAUUUAAAGAUCUUAAAACAAAAAGGAGUUCAGGUGAGGAAGGUGAACUUUGGCCGCCUGACUAAUGGUGUCCUCCACAGCAAGUUCUGGAUUGUCGACAGAAAACACGUGUUCAUCGGAAGUGCCAACAUGGACUGGAGGGCUCUUACACAAGUGAAGGAACUUGGAGUGGUAGUCUAUAACUGCUCCAGACUGGCAAAUGAUCUCCAUAAGGUCUUCCAGUCCUACUGGGUAAUGGGUCACUCCAACAGCUCCCUGCCUCACCCCUGGCCUGCGAAGUUUGACACUGACAUCAACAAACAGCACCCCCUGCUGGUGGAAGAGGAUCAAACCACCAGCAGCCUCUACAUGGCUGGCUCUCCACCAUCGUUCUGCCCUCAAUCGAGGACUCAGGACCUGGAGGCGAUUCUCUCCUCCAUCUCAGAGGCUGAUGAGUUUAUAGACAUUGCCGUCAUGGAGUAUUUUCCCGCCACGUGCUUUGAAAAGCCUCGCAAAUACUGGCCGAUCAUAGACGAUGCACUCAGGACGUCUGCUUUUGAAAGAAAGGUUAAGAUCAGGAUGCUAAUCAGCUGUGGGCAGAGCUCAGACCCAGCCAUGCUGCCUUUUCUCCAAUCUCUGGCUUCAAUGAAUUACCCUGAACAUCAUAUAAGCAUCCAAAUUAAACUGUACAUUAUCCCAGUGGGAAAUCAGACUGAAGUUCCAUUUACCCGAAUCAAUCAUAAUAAAUAUAUGGUGACUGACAAAACUGCAUACAUCGGUACGUCCAACUGGGCAGGAGACUACUUUUUGACCACAGCUGGCGUGAGUCUGGUGGUUUCACAGCCCACUUCUCACUCUACAUGGAACACCAAGACCCUGCGAAGCCAGCUGAAGGAAACAUUUAACAGAGACUGGCACUCAGAAUACACUGUGCACCUGAACGAAACCCGACCCAACCCAGAUUGUGCACUAUUAAGAUGA